AUGGAGACACAAACAGUGAUCCUUCCCCCACGGACACGGCUUCUCGACCUCAAGAGCAGUGCCGACUUUCCCUCUGAGGAAUUCAACCACUCCAUCAAGACUUGGGUCAAUAUGGCCAGCCUUCUGGUCAAACAGGGCAAUAUGGCAGAGUCGAACAAAGACGAUGAGAAUGCGUAUAUCUCAUAUGUGCGGGCAUGCCUGAUUAUCACAAAGAUCAUACCUCAUCAAGCGCUCUAUCCCACCAUGAUGAACGACAUUGUCUGCAUUGAUUUGCGUCAAAAAAUUCUCAUCACUAUCGCGCGCAUGGGACAUCUGGAACGGAGACUCUUAAAGCGGUUCGAGAAGGAAAAUCAGGAACGCGUCGCAGACAUGGAGAAGAACCCUACCUCCAUCUCUGUAACUGCAUCAAUACCUCCUCCACCAACUUCGUCAAAGAAACCGAGUCGUCGUUCCGAUCGUAAAGUGAACAGAACCUUGCAGUGUGGCAUCUCGGUGGCUGCGUUUGAUCAGGCGGGGCAAGAAGAGGCUCCGUUCCAUCGAACGAGCUUCCGUCAGGGUGAUGACGACGAAGAUGAAGGAGCCAAUGCCGAUACUGAGGACUUGGCAGAGAUGUCUUACGAAGCACCAACCAGCGAAAUCGCCUUUGGGCUCGAUCCGCAGAUCUAUGUCACCCACCACCAUCAUCGACGCAGCGUCACAUGCGGCGCUCGCAGUACAUCGCCCAAAAAUCCGCAGCAACACACAGAUCGGAGUCAGGACCCUGGCGAAUUCCCAGCACUGAGGAAGAAGAGCAGUAAUGGGGACGAUCGGUCGCUGCUUUCGCCAGAGUGCCAGCCCAACUUUGCAGCGAUGCCUUCGACUCUGUUUGCACGUCAACGCGAAGGUGGUCAUGUACGGAGGUGCUCUUCAACUGACGCGAUUCGUACCAGUACCCACUUCCCGGCCGCUUACCCUGUCAUGGCGCCAGCAAUCCCCAAGCGCUCGGAGAAGCGCGCUUCCAUGUGGGCCUCCGUAGCCACGGACCGUCCCAAUAGUAAGCAGGAUAUGCCUGAAUACAGAGCCACAGCGUCGUCGGUUGAGGCGCAGGAGAAUGGUGGCAAUGGCAAUAGAGAGAAGAGUGCGGAUGCGAGAGAGGUUCACAAGAGCCGGUUCUCCAACCGGCAGACAAUGAGCUUCGAGAGCAGCUAUUUCAAUUCCAACAUGGCAGCAUCAGAUACGGCGGUUCCAAAGGUCUCAUCAUCCCAACUGAGGAAGAGCUAUUCGAUUUCGAGAAUCAACAUGAUCAGGAGCAAAGCAAAUUUGCCGCCCACACCACGUCUUUCGGUCGAGAAUCUGAAGGCUGCCGUUGAUGGAACCUUAUCGUCAUCCUCGCUGAAUAGCUCCAGCAGUAGCAACACGAACAUGUCCCUGUCGUCAGCAUCUUUGACCUCGACCAGUCAGUCAUCUUUUUCAUCUGCGUGCUCGACUCCAAGCGCAUCGCCACAGCUAAAACCGGGACCUCGCAUGGUAUCAGGACAUGGUCACUCGCAUUCGUUGACGUCUAUUCCUUCAGGAUCCUGCUCGACCAUGGCAGACCCAACUUGCUAUUCAAAUGGCACCACAUCUCCGUCGCGCCCACCUUUCUCAUCUUCAUCUACCAACUCUUUAUCGCUCUCCUCCGCCGCCGUCGCCACCGCCGCCUCGACCGCCAAUACCCUCAACAUGUCAACACCACAGCCCACGAUUGUGGCUCCACAGCCUCAACGCAAGCAAACGCCAUCUGUUUCCUACAGCAACUCGUCGACGCUUACAGGAACGAUGUCCGCUACGCCUUCAUCAUCCGUUUCUGCUUCGCCGUGUUCCUUGUCUUCAUCACCGACCCUGACAUCCAUCUCGACGUGGUCUACGGCCACGGUCAAGAAGGCAGGGCUACUGCGCAAGAUUCGAUCGCGACCAAAGAUGAAGGACCAGGUGUUUGACAUUGUCGCGACACCGUCACCCGUGCCGACAAUCACACCCUCCCACACACCGCCUCCUCGCCUUCAGCAUCAGAAUCAGCGGCAAGGAUCUGCACAAGGGAAUGCCGCGAUGGCGUAG